CCGAGUAAAAUUAUUAAAACCCACAAUAUUAUUGUUUCUCUUUUGUUAUGGACAGAAUUUUUGAAGGCCAAGUGUUUGAUGAAUUGUGAAGUUGCUUUAAUUCUUGAGCAUAAGUAUGAGCAGCUUCAGCAAAUGUCUGAUGAUCCCACGAAUCAUGUUUCCCAAGUAUUUGAGAAGUCACUGCAGUAUGUAAAGCGAUUUAGCCGUUAUAAAAAUCCAGAUGCUGUUAGACAAAUUCGAGAAAUUCUGAGUAGAUAUCAGUUAGCUGAAUUCGAGCUUUGCGUUCUUGGCAACCUGUGUCCUGAGACUGUCGAGGAAGCGAUUGCAAUGGUGCCUUUCAUCAAGGUAUGAAAUGCUAAGCACGCU